GGUGCAGGAUGUGUCACCCAAAUACCAGAGGGUGAGUUGGCGGCGGAACCAGCUGGGCAGGUCCGGCAGAGUAUAAGUGCGGGAGGGAGCGGCCGGCGGCAGACGCCUGGAGACUGUCCCAGACCGCGGAGCCGGAGCCCAUCAGAGCCCCAGCGCCCCUCUGCCCAGCGUCCUGUCUGCGCUCCCCGGCCGCACCAUGGCCGGUGGCCCGGGUCUCGAGCUGCCGUCGCCCUCGCUGCCGCUGUUUCUGCUGCUGCUACUGGCGGCCGUGACCGGCCACACGGCCGCGCAGGACAACUGCACGUGCCCAACCAAUAAGAUGACCACAUGCAGCCAGGACGGCCCGGGGGGCCGCUGCCAGUGCCGUGCCUUGGGCUCGGACUUCGAGGUCAACUGCUCCACGCUGACCUCCAAGUGCCUGCUGCUCAAGGCGCGGAUGAGAAGCCACAAGAGCGGCCGCAAGCUGGUGCGGCCGAGCGAGCACGCGCUGGUGGACAACGACGGCCUGUACGACCCCGAGUGCGACCACGAGGGCCGCUUCAAGGCCCGCCAGUGCAACCAGACGUCGGUGUGCUGGUGCGUGAACUCCGUGGGCGUGCGCCGCACCGACAAGGGGGACCUGAACCUGCGCUGCGACGAGCUGGUGCGGACCCACCACAUCCUUAUCGACCUGCGGCACCGCCCGUCCUCCGGCUCCUUCAACCACUCGGACCUGGACGCCGAGCUGCGGCGGCUCUUCCGCGAGCGGUACCGGCUGCACCCCAGGUUCCUGGCAGCCGUGCACUACGAGCAGCCCACCAUCCAGAUCGAGCUGCGGCAGAACGCGUCGCAGAAGGCCCCCGGCGACGUGGACAUCGCGGACGCCGCCUACUAUUUCGAGAGGGACGUCAAGGGCGAGUCGUUGUUCCAGGGCCGCCAGGGCCUCGACGUGAACGUGCACGGCAAGCCCCUCCUGGUGGAGCGGACGCUCAUCUACUACCUGGACGAGAAGCCCCCCCAGUUCUCCAUGAAGCGCCUCACGAGCGGCCUCAUCGCUGUCAUCGUGGUGGUCGUGGCGGCCAUCGUCGCCGGCGUGGUCGUCUUGGUGAUCAGCAACCGGAGGAAGACAGGGAAGUACAAGAAGGUGGAAAUCAAGGAACUUGGGGAGUUGAGAAAGCAACCGAGCUUGUAGGUACGGGCGGGGUGGAGAACCGGGUUUCAGUCCUGGGCUCCAGACUAAAGUGACUCUCGCUUCUGGAUUCUUGGCCCAAGGGAGACAUUUCUCCUCCCAGUUCCCUGCCUCUCCCCACCCCACCAAGUUUAAUAGAUCCUUGUCCCAGGGUCACCCCUUUUUCUGACUUCUGUCUUGAAGGAAGCAUUUCUAAAAUUCCUUCCCUUUAGGUCCAACAAGAAACCUGACUCAAAGAGUUAAGGAAAGUUUGGCAUAGGGUUUCUGUAUAAGACUCGAGUACCACAGCCCAGCAGUUUUGCAAGUGAUGCAAUCCUUGUUGAAGGCUUAAAUGUGUUUCAAUGGGAAACAGCCCUUUUCCUCUCUUCGUUGUAAGUUAUUUGAUUAGCUCCACUUGUAUCAUGGCCCGCCUCAUGAGGAGCCCCUAAUUGGGCCGGUGUAGUAUCCUCCUUUACCAUCGUUUGUAUUACCGACCGCAUAUGCUUGUCACCGGGGGAAGAAGUCUGUUUCAGCUGCCUGAACACAUUUUAGAUGUCUUUGUUUAAGGCCGGACUCUGCCCCAGCAACUCAGCGUCUAGUCUUCAGCUCGCCCCAUGACAGCUGAUAUUAGUAACGAUUCUUUUGUAAAAUGUUUGUACAUAUGUUGUCUUUGAUAACGCUGCUGUCAUUUUUUAAAAAAACACGGAUUUAAUAAAAUAUGGAAAAGGCACAAA